AUACGAGAAAAGAAGGGUGUAACGAUUGAGGUGAUACCGGACGAUGGGUUUAGCGAGGACGAUAAAGCUUUGGCUGCGGAUCUUACCACAUUCCGAGAUGCUCGGAGAGCAUUCAGGGGUGCUCCAGGAGGUCCUUCAAGUUCUGACAAUGGCCAGAACGAGGUGAUUCAUGCCCAACUUCGCGGCAUUGACAGUGAAGAGAAGGGAGAGGAGGAAGAAGAGGAGCAAGAACUACCAGUAGCGGGAGAUUGCGAAGGGAGCGGGGAGGAAGAUGUCUAG